ACUGACAAAACUGCAGCUUUACAAGUGCAAGUACAUACACGCCCUCCACAUUCCCGAAUUCGUCAGAACCUUUCCAGCUCUGAAAGAGCUGUUCGUCUCGGAGUGUGGGUCGAUGUCUGACAGAAUAUUUGGCCAUCAUCCAGUGGGCUGGCACCUCAAGUCAGACGCCCUCUGCAACACCCGAAACCCCCUCGAAGUACUUCACAUUGAUCAUGUCAAAAGCUUGGAGGUGCGGGCGCUGGGUGUCAUUCCGACCAAGGUGCUGGUGGCGACCUGCUUUACCCCAUCUCUUUUUCAACGAGAGUUUGUGAGGAACGAGCACCUCUAUCCCAAGCUCCGCCUCUUGCGCCUUCAACAGAGCGACUUGUUCUCGACCGAGGGUGCCGCCAAGGGAUCUAGAGCCAUAGCUAUGGAGAAGAUGGGCGCCGCCAGGGGCUUCGAACCAGCUGGCAUGAGGCAGCGGUCAGUUCACCAUCAAUCAGGGUUUUUUUCGUCCAGCAGGGCAGAAUACGGAAGAUUUAGUCUCUCUUAUAUUUCUAGUAUUUUUGUAAUGAUGGGGUUUUACUCGGUUCGUUCAGAUGAAGAGGCUGCAAAAUGCGCUAGCAAAUCAGAUGUCGGCGCGAUUGAAUUGACAACUUGCUUUCGACUUCCUCCUGAG